AUGAACAACAAUCUAUUCAGCAACUCAUCGUUCAAUGAUCAGUUCAGCUACCGCCUCGACCUCGGACUCGGCAAUAGUGGUCUGAGCCGCAGUGAUAUAAAUCUCGGCAAAUUGUCCGGGUCGAACAGCUUGUUCAGCACGCGUGAUACCAGAUGGGACACUCCCCUCAUGCCAGGGGCUCCAACUGGGACGGUCUACAGUAUGCCUCUAUCCCACAAUCCGGGUGUGAGGCUUGAUAUGAGCAAGAACCCUGUCGGCGCUAGCUUGAACGCAGACAUGGGGAGCCUUCAAGCUGCGGUUGGGGGUUAUGGUCACAAGAAUGGCUUCGACGCCUCUGCUGGCGCUACAUACGAAUUUGUGAAGCACCAUCACGUCCAUGGUGGGGUUCGGGGAGGUUUCACCAGGGAUAGUGAGCGUGUCAGUCAAGGGAUCGGUGGUGGCUAUUAUCAUGACCUCUCCCCAAACACCCAGGCGGGGGUGAGGGUGGAUAGAGAUAUGGCUAAAGCAUCGGGUAAUCCCCGGCCUACCAAUACCUUUUCCUUCUGGAGUCUAUUCAAGAUUUGA